AUGGUCAAGAAAAACCCUCCCAACCUUGAGCUUCUUCUGUCUAUCUUUUUCUUCUUUCUUUGUUCAUGGACGUCCUUGGCCAUGGCACAAAACAAAACCAUCCCAGUAAAUGUAGGGGUUGUUCUUGAUGACCUUAAUUCAAGGAAUGGGAAGAUUUGGUUGAGUUGCAUCAAAAUGGCCCUCUCAGACUUCUAUGCUUCUCAUGCUAACUACAAGACUAGGCUGGUUUUGAACACCAGGGACUCCAAACAAAAUGUUGUGGGUGCAGCUAAGGCAGCUGUAGAUCUAAUAAAGAAUGCAGAAGUGCAAGCAAUCCUAGGACCAGUGACAUCUACGCAAGCAGGCUUUCUUAUUAACCUUGGAGACCAAGUUCAUGUGCCCAUCAUAUCAUUUUCUGCAACAAGCCCUUCUCUUAAUUCACUUCGGAGCUCCUACUUCUUUCAAUUUGCACAGAAUGACUCAUCCCAAGUGAAAGCCUUAAGUGCUAUUGUAAAAGCUUUUGGAUGGAGGCAAGUUGUGCCUGUCUACAUAGAUAAUGAGUUUGGGGAGGGAGUCAUACCAUUUUUAACUGAUGCCCUGGAAGAGGUUGAUGCCCGUGUCCCCUAUCGGAGUGCCAUUUCCCCGUCAGCCACUGAUGGCCAAAUUCUUGAAGAGCUUUACAAGUUAAUGACAAUGCAAACUAGAGUCUUCAUUGUCCACAUGAGGACGGAUCUAUCAUCUAGGUUAUUUGCAAAGGCCAGAGAGAUUGGAAUGAUGACCGAAGGCUAUGUUUGGCUCACUACUAAUGGUAUACCUAAUGAAUUAAGGUAUCUAAAUUCUUCUAUCAUCAGUUCCAUGCAAGGUGUAUUGGGUAUACAAACUUAUGUUCCACAAACAGUAAAGCUUGAAGAAUUCAUGCCACGGUGGAAACGACAAUUCCAACAAGACAAUCCAACCAUCAUUGAUGCUUCAUUGGAUGUUUUUGGACUUUGGGCUUAUGAUUCUGCUUUUGCAUUAGCCAUGGCAAUUGAAGAAGUUGGAACUGCAACCUUUGGCUUCCAAAAGACAAAUGCUUCCUUCAACUCAGCAGUUCUUGAAAGUUUUGAGGUCUCUAAAUAUGGUCCAGAACUUUGCCAAGCCUUGUCAACUACUAGAUUUGAAGGGAUCGCUGGAGAUUUCGGCCUUGUUGAUGGACAACUUCAAUCAACAAAUUUUAAGAUAGUUAAUAUAAAUGGUGGUGGAGCAAGAGGAAUUGGAUUUUGGACACCACAGAAUGGACUGGUGAAAAAAUUGGGUUCAUCAGCAAACUCAAGCAUAUUUUCAACUCCUAAGCGCAAACUUGGACUUGGACCCAUUAUAUGGCCAGGAGAUUCUCUCUCUGUUCCCAAGGGAUGGGAGAACCCAACAAACGGCAAGAAAUUGAGAUUAGGAGUUCCUGUGAAGGAUGGCUUUACGGAGUUGGUUAAGGUAACGAAGGAUCCUAGCACUAACAUGACAGAUGUGACUGGGUUCAGUAUAGAUGUUUUUAAGGCUGCAGUGGAAAUGUUACCGUAUGCUCUACCUUAUGAGUUCAUUCCCUUUGCAAAGUCUGAUGGAACCAGUGCUGGCACUUACAAUGAUUUGGUCUACCAAAUAUAUCUUGGGAAAUUUGAUGGUGUGGUGGGAGAUACAACAAUUAGAGGAAAUAGGUCAUUGUAUGCAGACUUUACCAUGCCAUACACAGAAUCUGGUGUAGUAAUGGUUGUGCCAGUCAUAGACACGAGAAACCAAAAUGCAUGGGUUUUCUUGAAGCCCUUGACAUGGGACCUUUGGCUAACAACUUGUUGUUUCUUCUUCUUUAUUGGUUUUGUGGUUUGGGUUCUGGAGCAUCGAAUCAAUGAAGACUUCCGUGGCACUCCAUCACAUCAAGUUGGCACCAGUGUCUGGUUCUCUUUCUCAACCAUGGUUUUUUCACAUAGGGAGAGAGUGGUUAGUAACUUGGCCAGAUUUGUGAUGGUCAUAUGGGUAUUUGUGAUGCUAAUACUGACUCAAAGUUACACGGCUAGUCUAGCAUCACUAUUAACUGUCCAGCAACUCCAGCCUAGUGUUUCAGAUAUAAAGGAUGUUCUAAGGAAUGGGGAUAACGUGGGCUACGCAGAGAAUACUUACAUCUAUGGACUCUUGAAACAAGUAGGUUUUGAUGAUUCCAAGAUAAAGAUGUUUCAAUCUUUUGAAGAGUGUGAUGAACUUCUUUCAAAAGGAAGUGCAAAUGGUGGUAUUUCUGCUGCUGUUGAUGAAACCCCCAGCAUGAAACUUUUUCUCGCAAAAUAUUGUACCAAAUAUACCAUGAUCGGACCCAUCUUUAAAGCUGCUGGAUUUGGUUUUGCCUUUCCAAAGCGUUCUCCUCUUAUAACCGAUCUUUCACGGGCAGUCCUAAACGUGACCGAAGGAGAGGUGAUAAUGAACAUUGAAAACAAAUGGUUUAGUGUAGAAAAGAAUUGUGUAGAUAACUCAAACCCGAAGGUGGCUAGCUACAGUCUUGAACUUGCUAGCUUUCGGGGCCUCUUCCUCAUUGCCGUGGUGGCUUCGAUACUAGCUCUCAUCAUAUGUGUAGCUUCCUUCCUUCACAAGCAUAGGCACAUCUUGAUGCGCCCUGACGAUUCAAGAGCCUCUGGAUGGAGAGGGAUUCGAACCAUGUUCAAGAUGUUCAACGAGAAAGAACUCAGCUCUCGUAUGUUUAAGAGCCCUCAACAGAGAGAUGGCAUCACUGGUGCUGGUGAUGAAGUUAGUGCUGCUGCUUCACCAAACAACAACUGGCCAGAAAGUCCACGCAGCUAUAUUUCGAACCACGCAGACUUUGCAGAGCAAGCAACACCAUCUACUGGUCAAGUAUCUCCAGAAAUAGUUUCAGCUGUUGACCAUGAGCAUGCUAUCACAAUUGCAAGAACUUGCUGA